UACGCACUGGAAGCGGACGAGAAAACUCUACACGAUUUCCAGAGCGGAGCGGAAUUUUCGCCUUCCACAUACAGAAACGAUUCAGUUUGCGUGCGGAGUAGAACCGUUUGAAAGUCGGAAAAGCGAGGGUCCCAAUCGAAUCGAAAUCGAAGGAUGUGAAUCCAGUGAAAUCCUGAAAAAGACACUGCGAAUCGGUACAGGAUUUACUCAGUGAAGGGAUUCAAAAACGUUGGGACUCGGUUGGAUUUCGGCAGCACAGAAGAAAGCCCCGCCACGCUCAACGGAAAUCAGUUUUCGCGACCUAUUCGCCUGUGCCACCCCCUCUCUCCGCCCGUGUUUUCCAGUACAUUUUGUGUGCAUAUACUAGAAAAAAGUGAUGUGAGCAGAGAACCGCGACACGACGCCACUGACAUAAAUUCCUAUUUUUAACUUUCCUGGGGCCAAUUCCCCGUCGAUGCGGAAUCAAUUCCGAAUCGCCAGCCGUAUGCAAAUUGUGCUGAAAUUAAGGCGAGAAAGGGCUGCGGAAACGGAAAUCCCUUCCAGUUGGCAAUUUAAAGUUAUUUCGCCUGUGGCUUCCAAACCGUUUGACAAUCGUCUUUCUCUCUCUCGGCCUGUGGCUCCCUCUCGCUCUCUCUCCACCGGAGUGUCUCUCUCGCACACUGGAUAUCGGUGUUUUUGUGUCAGUGUCAAAAUCGAAUACCGCCUAACCCGAUGAUUGCAAUCGCUAGCCGUAGAAUAUUGCCAAUGUCAAUGCUAAUCAUACGCAAAAGUGCUGUAAUUAGGUUCUUGUGUCCUGCCAAAAAACCACUUGAUAGUGGAGUAUGCUAAGCAAAUCUCGUACAACCUGAGCAUCCAUUUAGAGUGCUUUUAUAGUCUUUUUACAACACACAAGUACCAACUAAGGGUGAUUGCAAACUCACCAGCUAACCAGCUAACUAGCUCACCAGCUCGCAUUGGUUUCACAAAGAGCUACGAGUGCAGAAACGCAGAAAUUCCUUCGAAAAAGUCCAGAAAUUCGCCGAACACACUCGUCUUGCCAAGUCUGCGCUCACCGAAAGCGGAUAGUAACCACAAUUGUCUUGGAGCAAGCAUACGUAACCAUUGCCAGCUCAACGUCUUGACAGCCACCACCAGCAGCAUCAUCACCACCUUCCCCGCCACCGCCACCGCCAUCAUCAUCGCCAUCAGCUCCGCACUCGCACCAUCUGGUGGUGCUGGUGUUGCUGUUGUCCUCGCACCGGGUCGUCGGAAACAUCGGCAAGAUAUCUUCGUUCGAAGAAGACUACCGGGCUGACAGGCCCAUGGUGCAGCGCGCCUCAUCCUCGGAUGCACCCUCCGUUCAGGGUGGCCAACAUCGAGAGUCUCGAUUUGGCCUUGGAUACCCCUCCUACCAGAGUGGAUACAACAAACUGUUCACACAGGGUUCUGCCGACUCGAACUACUCACAACCGUCAUCCGAUCUGUCGCUAGACGAGGAAAAGGAAUCGCUUCGGCGAGAAAAGGAACGUCAGGCCUUAAGCCAGUUGGAUAAAGCGAGGAGCAAACCAGUGGCGUUCGCUGUGCGAACCAACGUAGCAUACGAUGGCGCCAUCGACGACGAUUCGCCGGUGCAGGGCGGCGCAGUUUCGUUCGAGAUCCGGGAGUUCCUGCACAUCAAAGAGAAGUACGACAAUAACUGGUGGAUCGGCCGGCUGGUCAAGGAGGGCUGUGAUGUGGGCUUCAUACCCAGCCCCGCUAAGCUAGACAACAUUCGCAUGCAGAACCAAACCAGACCCUCAAGACUGUAUGGCACAAAGGGCUCGUCGAGCGGGAAUCUUGGUGCGGGCGGACAAGCAGGUGCGGAGCCAUCUCGAGGUAGCACACCCCCCACACCUGGUGACGAAUCAGAUUCCAUGGGACCAGGACGACACGGCAAGACCCCGGUGGCGGCGGCCAACAAGGAGAAGCGCAAGCCGUUCUUCAAGAAGCAGGAGACGGCCAGUCCCUACGACGUGGUGCCCUCGAUGCGGCCCGUAGUCCUGGUGGGGCCCAGUCUCAAGGGCUACGAGGUGACCGACAUGAUGCAGAAGGCCCUCUUCGACUUCCUCAAGCACCGCUUCGAGGGCCGCAUCAUCAUCACGCGCGUGAUGGCCGACAUCUCGCUGGCCAAGCGCUCCAUCAUGAACAACCCCUCGAAGCGGGCCAUCAUGGAGCGAUCCUCCAGCCGGAGCGACUGCCUCGGCAAGGUGCAGGAGGAGAUCGAGCGCAUCUUCGAGCUGGCCCGCUCGCUCCAGCUGGUCGUGCUCGAUUGUGAUACAAUCAAUCAUCCGUCACAACUAGCGAAAACUUCAUUAGCGCCAACAAUAGUGUACUUAAAGAUUAGUAGUAGUAAGGUUUUACAGCGUUUGAUCAAAUCACGUGGCAAGUCGCAGGCGAAAAACCUCUCCGUUCAAAUGGUCGCCGCCGAGAAGCUAGCCCAAUGUCCACCGGAUAUGUUCGAUGUAAUCCUAGACGAGAAUCAGCUGGAAGACGCCUGCGAGCACAUUGCGGAGUACUUGGAGACCUACUGGAAGGCCACCCACCCGGAUAUAAGAGCCGUGCCGCCCAUCGCCCGCCCCCUGCCGCAGGAGGCCUCGCCCUCCGCCGAUCCCGCACGUCUGGGUCCGACGCCUCCAGUAGAUGGCGAGGAGUUUGUCGAUGAGCAGGAUCAGGAGCCCAGGAUGGGCCACUCCGGCGGAGAGCGCGAGGGCAGUCGGGAGCGCGAUCGCGAGCGCGAUAGCAGGGAAAGGGAGCGCGAGAGGGAGAGGGAGCGGGAGCGGGACUACUGGGAUCGGGAGUUCAACAGAGAUCGCAGCUCCAAGGACCGGGAGAGGGACCUCGAGUGGGAGCGGGAGAGGGCUCGCGAGUGGGAGAGAGAGCGGGAACGAGAUUGGGAUAGAGAGUUCGAUUGGGACCAAGGAGGAGCCUCUUACCAGCACAGUCGCCGACAACCGACCUCGGGUCGCCACCAGGAGCGCGGCGGCGGCGUUGGCGGUGGCUACGAGCGGGAUCGCGAGCGGGAGCGGUACGAGCGGCGCGAACGGGACCUCAUGCACUACGACCUCAACAGCGACGAGCUGCUGGACGAGCGCAACUUCGAGUACCCGGCGAUGAGGAGCGGACCCAGCGGCGCCUCCCACCACGGCCACCUGUCCAGGGGCGGGCGCCUGCUGGACGACCCGGAGUUUGAGCGCGAGGAGGCCCAGAUGAGGAUGAGCAGCUCGCGCUACGGACCUUCGACCCGGAUCGACGACCCCCGGGACCUGCCGCGGGGCGCCACCGUUGUCGAUCGCGAUGAAUACAGUCCGCACAGAGGUGGUGGGAGUAGUAGGAGAAUGCUUAAUGCCAUGUCGUCCAGACCGUUGGGCCUGCCCCGCCAAUCUUCCCUGCCCAGCAAUAGAGCACCCAUGUCCUACCUGCCCCGCCAGUCGUCCCUGGGCACGCACUGGCUGUCCUCCUCCUCCCAGAGCACCCUCGAUCCAGGAACCCAAUCUCGCCGAGAGCUUUAUCCACUGCUGCACCAGCCGCAGUCGUAUCCCCAGAACCGAUCCCAAUACACCCACUCGUACACAGCCGCUCCCCAGCACACAAGUCAGUCGCGCUCACACUCGCAGUCGCAGUCGCACUCGCACUCCCAGUAUCGCUACUCCGUGCAGGACACGUCCUUCGCCCACCCGCCAAGAUCCCUGCGCGAGGAGUUCCUCAGUCCCACCAUGAGCAAGGUCGAAGCUGUCACGCACGCCAUCCGCAACAAGAUCAUCGUGGAGGAGGACGAGGAGGACAUCCUGAGCACGGAUCGGUUCUAUUAAAGAGAUUUCAGUCGCCACCCCGCGUCGAUUAGGCUUGGGUUACUUUUUUGAGGGCCAGGAAGCUUCUUUGAGAAAGCAGCAGUGCCAAAACACACGACACAUUUGUAAAUGUUCCAUUCGCAGAUCAGAUCAAUUUGGUAGCAACUCACAACACAACACAACACAACACACGAACAGAAACAGAAACACACAAAGUAGCUGGUUAAAUAUAAAGUGGACGUUGAAGCGGCGGUUAGAGCGAACGUUAAAGCAAACCAAGGAAGCAGCCCAAUGCCAAGUGGGGCCUUAUGUGUCUUAAAUGCUAUAGCUAUAGCUAAGUGUAAUCAGAUUUUAUUUGAGUAAUGUGAAUUUAAAUUAAAUGGUCUAAGCCUAAGAGUUAAGCUAGUCGACAGUUGAAAUUAAAAGUUGAAGGAGUCCGCAGCCACCCAACAACAUUUGUUGGUCCCCCCACGGGUCUCGUAUUUGUUAUGCAAUCGAUUGACUAAGUACAUAAAUAAGUGUCAGCUUUAAUAAUUUAGUGAACGUGUCUUAAUCUAAGUCGGGCCUCAGAAGCACACUCCCACACCCGCACACAACCCCACACACAACCCCACACACAACACACACUCAGUUGACUGUGAAACGAUUGAAAUCUCUUUAAUCUAAAAUCGAUGCCCCAUUCUCGCAUCAUCCCUCUUCUUCCUCUACUCAUCUACUCAUAUCUUGACACUUCCUUCAGCCCAUCCGGUAGGACUGCAGUGUGCUUUAAGCCAAAUAAGUAGAUUAAAGUCAUUAUUUUAAACUAAAUUCACACACUAUCUGUUCAAGAUUCCUGGAGUUUCUGAUUAUGCUACUCUUAAUGUACGUCACUUUGAAGCUACUUUUAGUGACUGAUAAAAACUUGCAUCUUCCCAAUAUUUUAGUUCAUGCACCGGAAUCUCUAGAUAAAUCCAAAUAGUAAACACAUCGAUUUAUUUUAAUCACUUUUUCAAUACUUUCGAAUUGAGCUUAAUUGAAACGCACUCUGUAGACCUCCUUCUUCCAACAGCAAUACCUUCGACCUAGAUACCUUGUCACACCAUAUCAUGCCACACACCUGCCAAAAAGCGCACAGUUCGCGCUCGCAGCUCCAAGUUUAAGCUGGACUGCUCGCGAACAGGCCUCUAAUCCGGGUCGGGAUCGAGCAUUGAUCACAGCUAUGACCCGGGCCUAGGUAUAGCGUCUAACUACCAGUGCCUUAUAACCAUCAAAUCGAGUUACACACAGCACCCCUCCACUCCAGAUGUAUUGCAUUUCCCGGCCAAAAGGAUCAUCCUGCCCACAACUACCAUCCGCUACAGUCGAAUGCGUCAAAAUUAUUGUUCAAGUAUUGUAAGUACCUACACGCAAUGUCGAGACGAGAAACGUUGAUCUGGCCCAUUCCGAACGAGCACUCCUUUUACAAUUCCAACCACCAUGCUAAAUUUGUCGAUCAUUAGUUGUCGAACUGAGCUAGCGCCCAACAAUGAUGAACCGCACUGCAUUCAAAUCGAUCGCCACCUCGAGUAAGAGUUGAAGUAUGGCUACUAGCUAGUUGAUCUGUAGCACACCCACAGAGCCUCCUUCUGUCCAUGGACUACAGCCGGAACCUCACGGGGACACGGUUUGUAGAACCGGGUAGCGGACAGGCCAGGCCGGAAGCCGGAAAUUAAAGCGAAAAUCUAGUACUUUUAUAUAAGAGAUACAAGGUGAUAUAACUACAUUUUGGAAAGCAAAUUUGAACAGCGCACGACAUAUACAGAUACCUAGAUGAAAUUGUUAGCGACAUUCAGGAGGAAUGAGAUUAGAACCCAGGGGGCUGCAAAAUAAAGGGAUAACCUCUGAGAGAACACAUUCAGGGGACAUUUGCGAUUUACUUUCAAAAAGGUUUUUGCUACGCCUUUCCCCUAAGUCUAAUUGGAUGGGUUGGCCAAGGCACUGGAGGCGCUUAACGAGGAACAAAACAUUUAAAUUUUACGGAAAGCAGCAUAAAAAGUGGCAACCAAAAAUGAUCUAUGUAUUAGCUAAACCUAAAUGAAAUAUUACUUUUUAAUACUAGCAUAAAGUUAAAAACAAAACUAGAUACGAUCCUUCGCAGCUAGGGAGGGGACAAACGGAAUACUUAAGUUUAAAGAUCAGCCGAUGGGAAUGUGUACGUCAGAACAUUGCACAUAACUCACAGAACUGGUAAUUCAAUAUAUGAUAAUGGUAUAUAUUAAAAGGUACACACAUUUAUAAAGGUACAUAUACAUUUAUACAUGAAUAUGUACGUUCUUACUAUAAUUAACAAAAUUUAAACCAAAACAGAUACAUCAGCCGGCAUUUUGUAAGCGUGAGAACCGAAAUAUGAAAAAGUAAUAUUCAAUAAAAUAAUAGAUUAUCCCAGAUAUUGUUAGAUACUUUCUGGAAACGGAAAGGCGUACUUUGCCAUGGAAAUUUCAUCAGAUCUGAUAGGAACUAUGUUGAAAAUAUUUUGUAAGAUGCCUUAAAUUUCUCAACUUAAAUUCUUUGAAAGUUUCGGAAAACUAAACUUGAUAAAUUCAUAUAUUCCAUUACAUAACCUUCUUGUAGGUGAACAAAGAGUCGCCAAUCAUUUUUGCAAAAAAACAGGUUUGCUUAUAUAUAUAUAGCGAUUUUUUGUAAUAAUCAAACCUUAUUUCCGAUUAACAAACAAACGAAAACCAAAACCAAGCAAUUUAAUUUUGUUGACACUCUAAAAAACUAAAAGAAACACACACAAGCAAACAAAUUUUAUAGCAAGAAUACUGAAACUUUAAGAAGGAUACGCCUAUAUAUAACUAAAUUUAGCGGUAACAACUUCUCUACUUUUCAAGCCACUUAAAUAAAAAAGCAAACCUUAUUUUUUUAGCCUAAACCCUCUUAAACUGAAAGAAAAGUGGAAUGAUUGUCAAGAGCACGCCUGAGAAUUCCCUAUUCAAUAUAUUAUGGUAAACCAAAAGACCCCCACACCGAACACCCAGAAAACUAAACACGAGUUAAUUGUGGAAAUAUCAACCCCAAUCCAAAUUUAUAUAGAAUAUUUUAUACAUGCAAACAUAUACAUAUUGUAAAGAGAAAACAGUAACUAAACCCAAUCAGCAAUUUCCAAGAAUUGUAUGUAAAUAGUUUAUGAUAUUUAAAUCUGUAAACAAAUUAUUUUGUUACGAACUUUGUACUAUUCCUAUAAUUUAAUGGCAAGGACGAUCCUCUGCAAUCUCCUCGGCCACGUUAUGUUGUUUUGUUUUCUUUUUCGCAUUCAAGUGUUGUUCACAAUAUGUUUUUGGAAAAUACGUAGUUAAAUGAAAGCUAAAUUGCAAUUAAAAGCAAAUACAAUAAAAAUAUUGAAAAUAAA